AUGAACUGGCUGUUCCCCCUCGCCAAGGGCGGCGGCUCCUCCUCGCCCGCCGCGCCGCUGCCCGCCCUCACCAGCCUCCAGCAGCAGAAGCAGCGGCAGAUCGAGUCCCUGCGCGGCGCCCACGCCUCCAUUGCAGAAAUUCAGAAAGAUGUGGAAUAUCGACUGCCGUUCACUGUAAACAACUUGACAAUUAAUAUUAACAUCUUACUUCCACCUCAGUUUCCUCAGGAAAAACCAGUCAUCAGUGUUUUCCCACCUGUGAGACAUCAUUUAAUGGACAAGCAGGGAGUAUACGUGACCGGUCCAUUAAUAAGUAAUUUUACAAUGCACUCAGAUCUUGGAAAAAUUAUUCAAAGUUUACUGGACGAGUUUUGGAAGAAUCCUCCAGUUCUGGCUCCUAGCUCAACAUCAUUUCCAUACCUUUUCAACAAACCAGCUGGAAUGCCUGCUUAUGCUCCUCAGGGGUUUCCAUUUCUUCCUCCAUACCCACCUCCAGAAACAAAUAGAACAAUGGCAGCCGUGCCGGUUGCUGAAUCAGUUUCUUCGAGCUACACUACAGACAAGCCUGCUGCUCCCUCUUAUGGCUUGAUUGCUGAUCUGCCACUACCUGUUCCGACAGCAGAAGCAGUGCUUCAGGUUGGCCAGAAUGGAUUUACUUACAAGAUGCCUGAUGUUCCUGAUACAUUUCCAGAACUCUCAGAACUAAGUAUAUCGCAGCUGACCAAUAUGAACGAGCAAGAGGAAGUGUUACUGGAACAGUUUGUGACUCUGCCACAACUGAAGCAAGUCAUUACUGACAGAGAUGAGUUAGUGAAAAGCAUUGAAGAGCUGGCAAAAAAAAACUUGUUGCUGGAGCCUAGUCUCGAGGCAAAAAGGCAGACGGUGUUGGAUAAAUAUGAGCAACUCACACAGAUGAAAGCAGCCUUUGAAAAAAAGAUGCAAAGACAGCAUGAACUUAGUGAGAGUUGCAGUCCAAGUGCUCUGCAAGCCAGACUUAAAGUAGCUGCUCAUGAAGCUGAAGAGGAAUCUGACACUAUUGCAGAAGACUUCUUGGAAGGCAAAACAGAAAUAGAUGACUUUCUUAGUAGUUUCAUGGAAAAGAGAACGCUCUGCCACUGUAGACGAGCCAAAGAGGAAAAACUUCAACAGGCAAUAGCAAUGCACAGCCAAUUUCAUGCUCCGCUAUAGACUUCCUGCAAACUACACCUGCCAAGAGAACGAGUGAAAAACCCAAUAAAGCACACUUUUUAAUAACUAUUAUUUGCAAAUAAGCAUUUCAUCUUAUAUGGUUGUAUUUAUAGAAGAGAUUGUAUACAGAGUUGGGAUGGUUUUUGUACAAAUUAGAAUGUCUCUUUAUAUUCUCAUUGUACUCAAGAAUCCUUCUAUUGCAAUCUUUGCACUAAUUUCUUGUAUUUAUUGUUGAUAGUUCUUAUAUUUAAGUUCCUGCUGCUAUAGUCCAUUCUUCAGAGAUUAAAUAUCUAAACAUGUAAUUUUGACUAGCUUUUUACAUUUUUAUAAAAACAUAAUUCAUAUCUUUUGUAUUUUGAACUUUAAACAUAGAUUUGGCUUGAUCUGUGGAAGAGUUUGAGAUAAGUGGUGACAGGACUUUGGAAGCUGAAGAAGUUCAUAAUUUGAGAUUGUCAGUGGAUUCACAAGCUGUCUUUUCUUGAAGCCAAAAUGUUUAAGAACAAGUUUUUUACUUUUAAGUAAUAACACAAAACUAAGUAUAGCCUGUAUUGUGUUUUGGAUAAGUAGAUUUGGAUUAAGCAAAGGAUGUGUUGGAACAAAUUAUAUUGGAAUCAAAAUAGAAUAAAUGAUCUCCGCAUAGAUUUGGUAUGUUGCUCAGUAGCACUGGUGCACUUGAUUUCAGGAGUGGCGUGGUACCUACCACUCUAAUUAAACACAAUUUUCAUCUAGCCAAUUUCAUUUUCAUAUUUGCUUUUACUUAAAGGAAAAAUAAUCAGGUCACCUCCCAGUUUCUGUUUUAUGCAAUACGAAUAUGUUAAUCAUGUGAGGAACUCAA